AUGACGUCGACUAACGAAACAUCUCAAAGUCGAAGCUACAAAUAUACCGGCAUAAAAAUUGAAGAUAAAGAUGAAUCUACCUUUGUGCUCAAAAAAUCAAAUUAUACUCAAGAAUAUCUGUCAACAGCUAUUUCAACGUUUGGAAUGUUUUUGGUUGGAAUACAUUUUACAUGGAUUGCACCUAUUUUACCUAACCUAUUAUCGGGUACAUUUAAAAUACACAUUACAAUGGAACAAUCUGUUUGGGUUAUAUCCUUGGUUCAAAUUGGAGCCAUUCCUGGCAGUAUUCUUGCAUCUUUAAUAUCAAAUCACUAUGGACGAAAAAAAACGAUAGUGCUUAUUUCAAUACCUUAUGUUGUCUCAUCGAUAAUAAGCAUUUUUGCUGAAAAUGUUUGGCAUUAUUAUCUUGCAAGAUUUUUGGCAGGUUUAAGUGUUGGUGGAACGUUUUCUGUGAUACCAAUGUAUGUGAGUGAAAUUUCUUCACCAGAAGUUCGGGGUCUUUUAUCAACAUCAGUUCAUAUGUCAUCAAAAUUUGCGGUUAUUUUAAUUUAUAUUUCUGGAGCAUAUUUACCAAUUGUAAAAUAUGAGAUCUUCUGUGCAAUUUUUCCCAUUUUAAUGCUCGUUUUCUCGCUUUUCUUACCGGAAAGUCCCUAUUAUUAUGUGGUAAAACAAGAUUUAGAAUCGGCAGAAAAGUCAUUAAAAUUUUUGCGAAAAAAAUCGAACGUUCGAAAAGAGCUUAACCGAUUAAUUGAAGGAUAUCAGGAGGAAACUGCUCGAGAAAAACAAUCAUUCUGUGAUCUUUUCAAGUUCGAUUACAAUCGGAAAUCAUUGGUAAUUAUUUUUGUACUAUUAAUGGCUCAACAAUUGGCUGGCGGAACAGCAUUUCUCUCAUAUAUUCAAGUAAUAUUUAAAGAUGGAAAUUCAAGUAUAGCCGUGGAAUCUUGUGGAAUAUUUGUAGCUAUUAUUAAUUUUAGCACUGUUGUUUUAUCUGGAGGAUUAAUAGAUCGUCUUGGGCGACGUAAAUUACUUUAUAUCUCUUGUUAUAGCCAAUUACUUCCUUUAUCUGCCUUAGCCAUUUAUUUUUAUUUACAAAACGUUGCUAAAGUUGAAUAUAUCGAAUAUUUACGAUUAACACCAUUAAUUGCCUUAGUAGUUUUUAAAUUUGCUUACGCCAUUGGAAUUUCACCCAUUCCAUACCUGCUGUUAGGUGAAUUAUUUCCCACAAGUGUAAAAGCUCAAGCAGGAUCGUUUAUCACGAUAUGUGGAUCAUUGUUGGGGGUUGCAGCGAAUAAAAUGUAUCAAACGUCUUUAACAGAAUUUGGAUAUCCACCAACGUUUGGUAUGUUUAUUGUAUUUGAUAUUUUAGCCAUCAUUUUUAUAUAUUUUAUGGUGCCAGAAACUAAGGGAUUAACUUUAGAAGAAAUUCAAAUUAAUUUGAGAAAGUGUCAAAUAUCUGGUUAA